AGAUCCUUUCAAGCUCUCUAGCACUUGGCGUAUGAAUUGUCUUCUAAAGAUUUUUCUCCUCACCGGAGUCGUGAAAGAGUUCCAGAUUGAGGAAGACAAGCUCAUAAAAUUUCUACAGAAAGUUAGAAAAUCCUAUCAUGAUGAAAAUCCAUUCCACAACUGGUAUCAUGCAUGGUCUGUCACUCACUGUGCCUUCAUGCUGAUGAAGGAAACAGCGAUCGGAAAGAUCCUGGGCAUGAAAGAGAAGCUUGCUGUCCUGAUUGCUUGCCUCACUCACGACCUCUCUCAUCCCGGAGUCAACAGCGACUUCCUGAUCAAGAGCGCAUCGCCCAUUGCCCUGCAGUUUCCUUUCUCCAACGUCCUCGAGCAGAUGCAUUGGGAUGAAGCUCGCUCUUUGUUUGAGGAGGGAAGAGAAACAAACUUCUUGAGCCACGUGCAGGAGGAGCUGCGUGCUGAGAUUCUUGAGAUGGUACAUCAGGGUAUCCUGGCAACCGACAUGCAGAUCCACAAGCAGAUCGUCAACUCUCUUUCCAACAGAAGAGACUCGUUGGCUGAUUUUGAGGAGGACGACAUGACUCUCUUGUCCGACAAGGCCAUGACUGUUUACGACGCCACAAGUCCGGCUGAUCGAUUGGAGCUCUUCAAGGCUGUCGUUCAUUGCGCCGAUCUGUCGGGUCAAGUCAUGGAGGCGCCUGUCGCCUACUCCUUCGGUAGGGCGGUGCUUGAAGAAUUCCACCAGCAGGCCCAGCGAGAGAAGAUGGAGAACUUGCAAGAGUCAGCGUUCAUGAAGAACCUCCACGAGCCGCUGGCCCAGGCGAAGACGCAGCUAGGGUUUCUCCACUAUGUGGUGGGGCCGCUGUGGAAGUGCAUGGCGGAUCUGUUUCCUCAGGUUACAUCGCAGUAUGACAGGAUACAAGAAAGGAGCAGAGAAAUCGACUUUGAGAAUCUUGAGAGCUGGCAAGGGAGACAUGAGGGUCUCAAGGGCUGAGGAAGAGACUCACCUGAUUGUUGUAGUUUAUUGUUUUCAUCAUACCCAAUUUUAACCUUC